UUCGCGAAGUUUUGUUUAUUUGGAUGUUAUAUUUACAGAUCCAAUUUUUAAAUGUAAGGUUGAGGACCUGAAAUCGAUUACAUGACGAGUGAAAUGGAUCAGCUCGUUGAGCCAGAACCAGAGAAGAAUCUCCGGGCUAAUAUUGAGGAUGCUGAGAGUAAGCUUUACAGGCUUGGAGAUUUAGUCGACGUGAUGGAUUGCCGUGAAGGAAGAAAGACUUUUGGAGCCUUUUUUGAAGCUAAAAUCCAAAGGAUUUCUAAGAAUAUUGAAGCUGAUGAAGAAUCUGAGUCGGACGGAUUGAACUAUCAUGUCGUGUACGAUCGAUGGCCAUUAAAUGUUACAGAUCACAGAUGCAGUAACAUUCAUCUGCGGCCUCGUGCCCGUCAGUAGUUGAAACUGGAAGAAAUUGGAGUUAAUCAACGUAUUCUUGUUAACUAUAAUAUGAAGGACGGAGAAAAGAUUGGUGAAUGGUACGAGGGGACAGUUACGGAAGUGAAUGCUCAGAA